AUGGAGUACUUGACCAGAAGCUUGCAAUCUGAUGCCAGGUCCCCUUCUUAUCGGUUUCACCCGAUGUGUAAGGGCUUGAAGUUGCUAAAUCUUUGUUUCACUGAUGAUGUUAUCUUAUUUUGUAAGGGAUCUGUUGCGGCUGUUUCUGUUCUGAAAGACUCUUUAAAGAAGUUUAGUGAAGCUUCUGGUUUGUCUAUCAAUUCCAAGAAAUCCCAGGUUUAUUUUGGAGGAGUUGCAGCAGGAGUUAGGACUGAGAUUUUACAGAUUUUGAAUCUUUCAGCUGGGUCUUUCCCGUUGCACUAUCUUGGAGUGCCUUUGAGGCCUACUAAAUGGAAGCACACGGACUGUGAACUCAUUAUCCAAAAGAUGCGUGUUAAGUUGUUCUCCUGGUCUGGUAAACACUUAUCCUAUGCAGGUCGAUUACUGCUUAUUCAAUCUGUUCUUUCUGGUUUAAGGAAUUAUUGGAUGUCUGUUUUCAUGUUACCUCAAAGUAUCAUUAAGGAAGUGGAGAAGUUGUGUCGGCAGUUUCUUUGGGGGGCCUCGGGAACUCGCUGUAAGUUUCAUUUGGCUUCGUGGAACCAAGAUUGCUUGCCUAAGGCCUAUGGUGGUCUUGGUCUUAGGGAUGGUACUAGCUGGAAUAGGGCUCUUCUUGCUAGAUAUAUUUGGGCUGUAUCGACUAAACAGGACUCGCUUUGGGUAAAAUGGAUUCAACAUGUCUACCUAAAGGGGGUGAACUUCUGGGAUUAUGUUUUGAAGCAUGAUAGUAGUUGGUACUGGCGUAAGCUAUGCCAUCUCAGGAACCGGUUUAGUGAAAGAGAAAUUCUGGCUGCUGGUAUAUCAGGGGUUUUCAAACCUUCUAAGCUAUAUUACAGCUCCAUAAACUAG